AUGAAUGAUUAUGACUUCGACAAGGCUAUGAAGAUUCCUAUGCAAGACAGAUUUAUGUUCCUGGAAUUGAAACAUACAACGCUUUUUGCGCCGCAAAAAAGCCAAAGCAUAGAUCCAGAUUUACUUAAAGAAUUGUUGUCAUAUACGCCCUCUUAUGAUAAAGUAGUCGUCGCACCUUCUCCUCGGUUCAUCAAGACACAUUUGCAUUUAUCACUUUUACCUACUAACCUACUGGAUACUGCCAAAGUGGUAUACGUAGCCCGAGACCCUAGGGACGUCGCUGUGUCCUAUUACCAUCAUAAUAAAUUCCUCUGGAAUUAUACAGGAGACUUUAAAAGUUAUUGGAACCUUUUUAUAAGUGAUUUAGUUAUCUUUUCUCCAUUUUUCCCGCAUUUAAAAGAGGCAUGGGCACUCCGUCACCAUCCGAACUUGAUGUUCAUAUUUUACGAAGACAUGAAAAAGGAUUUACCAUCAAUUGUUAAACGGAUAGCAAAUUUCCUUGACAAAGAAGCUACAGACGAGAAAAUUAUGAAGCUUUGCGAACACGUGGACAUAAACAACUUCAAGAAAAAUAAGUCAGUGAACCCAUCAUGGAUGGCCAAGAUUGGCAACCCUAAUAGCGAGGGAUUCAUAAGAAACGGUAAAUCUGGCACAUGGCGCGAGCAGUUCGACAAGGAGAUGGUGGCGCAGGCGCAGCGCUGGAUGCGCGAGAACCUCGCCGGCUCCGACCUGCGUUUCCCUGCAUGA